GUAAGGAUCUCAUUUUGCUUUGUAUAGUGAUAUUUUUCAUCACCCUCAUAUUAUAUAUCGAUUAUAUGUCACUAUUGUGCUAUGGCAAUCGCACCAUUUUUGUGGACUCGAGAGCAGUACGACAAUGUGUUGAAAUUCUUGAAUGCGCGAGGUUUGGAGGAGUAAAGAUUGGGACCAUCAUGGCCACAAUCUACUACUAAUAUGAACGCCCUUAGUUUCGUUUUAGAUCAUAUUUCUACUUAAAAGAAAGUAAAGAGUUUUCUGGUGAACUAAACUUCCCCUGCAGAAGGGAAACAGAGCUCAAACAAAAAAUGAGUGCUGAAAAUGGAGCUAAAGAUGGAACCAUCACCAAUCUUCCUCUGUUUGAAACUAAGCCAGUAAGGAUAACGGCAGGUGUUACUUACAAGGCUUUUGCUGGAACAAUCUUUCUGGGCAUUCUUCUUAUAUUGUUGUUCAGAUUGACUAAUAUCCCUCCUGCUGGACAACCUGGAAGAUUGGCCUGGAUUUGUAUGCUUGUUUCAGAGCUCUUGUUCAGUCUCUACUGGAUUAUCACUCAGUCUGUUCGCUGGAAUGUUGUUCAGAGAAUUCCAUUCAAAGACCGGCUUUCUCUCAGAUGUGAGGAAAAGUUGCCGGAUGUUGAUGUUUUUGUAUGCACAGCUGAUCCGAUUAUUGAACCGCCGACGUUGGUUAUCAACACAGUCCUGUCUGUCAUGUCAUACAAUUAUCCUACUGAAAAAUUGAGCAUUUACCUCUCCGAUGAUGGUGGUUCAGAGUUCACUUUCUAUGCUCUUUUGGAGGCGGCGGAAUUCGCCAAGUAUUGGUUGCCCUUUUGUAAGAGAUUCAAGGUGGAACUACGGGCACCUGCUGCCUACUUUGAGAGGAAUCUUGAUUUUCGUAAUGAAUCACCUGCUUUCGCUCGAGAAUGGUCCAAGGUUAAGAAAUUAUACGAGGAUAUGAACAUUCGGAUAGAAACAGCUCUAAAGAAUGGCGGCAUCUCACCUGAGGUAAAGGAAAAACAUAAGGGGUUCUCAGAAUGGAGCUCGAAAACCACAAAGAAUGAUCAUCAGUCUAUUGUUCAGGUCUUAAUUGGUGGAAAUAACUCGAAAUAUGUUGAUAUUGAUGGAAAUAAGUUGCCUAGACUGGUAUACUUAUCCAGAGAAAAGAGACCGCAGAAGCCACACAACUUCAAGGCUGGAUCUAUGAAUGCACUGAUUAGAGUUUCGUCACAAAUAAGUAAUGCACCAAUCAUUCUCAAUUUGGACUGCGACAUGUACUCUAAUGAUCCAGAUGCCAUCAGGGAUGCAUUGUGCUUCUUCCUGGAUGAAAAGCAAGGCUACAAAACCUCCUAUGUCCAGCAUCCACAGCGCUACCAUAACUUAAACAAAGCCGAUACUUACUCCAGUAAGGCCGGAGUUACUCACAAGAUUGAACUCGCUGGAAUUGAUGGUUAUGGAGGCACUCUUUAUUGUGGCACCGGAUGUUUCCACAGGAGAGCAAGUCUUUGUGGAAUGAAAUUCUCUCAAGAAAACAAAGCUGAAUUGAGUAGUGCAAAAGAUGAAAUUCAAGGAACUGUUGAAGAGUUGGAGGAGAAAUCAAAACUCCUUGCAAAUUGUAGCUACGAAGACGGCACAGACUGGGGAAAGAAGAUGGGAUUGGUGUAUGGAUGUCCGGUGGAAGAUAUAGUCACAGGUUUAACAAUUCAAUGCAGAGGAUGGAGACCAAUUUACUAUGAUCCACCUAAACCUGGAUUUCUGGGCAUUGCUGCUACAACCUUAGAUCAAGCUCUUGUUCAGCAUAAAAGAUGGUGCGAAGGUUUAUUCCAGAUUUUCUUGUCAAAGUAUUGCCCUUUCAUAUAUGGUUAUGGCAAGAUCAAAUUAGGUGCCCAGAUGGGCUAUUGUGUGUAUCUUUGGUGGGCUCCUAUUUCCUUAGCGACGGUAUGUUAUGCCACUGUUCCAACGCUUUGCCUAAUCCAUGGGAUCCAAAUCUUUCCACAGGUGUCAAGUCCAUGGUUCAUUCCAUUUGCAUACGUGUUUAUCGCAAAAUAUGGAUACAGCUUAUUUGAAUCCUUGGUGUGUGGUGAUACGUUCGAAAGAUGGUGGAAUGCGCAACGAAUAUGGUUGUUUCGAAGAAUUAGUUCAUACUUUUUCGCCUUUACAGAUACGAUCAUCAGACAGUUAGGCCUUGCUCAGAUGACAUUCACCAUUACAGCCAAAGUGGUUAAUGACGAGGUAAUGAAGAGAUAUGAGAAUGGGAUUCUUGAAUUCGGGAGCUCAUCAGUUAUGUUCGUCAUCAUAACAACGCUCGCGUUGCUCAACCUUUUCGGUCUCCUGUGGGGCAUCAAGACAAUUUUUAUGGCAACAACAAUGCUUGAACAGUUCAUCCCACAGAUCAUCCUGUCUGGAGUACUAGUAAUGGUGAAUUUACCUGUGUAUAUAGCUUUAUUCUUCCGGACGGAUGAGGGAAACUUACCAUCUUCUGUGUUGUGGAGGUCUGUUGUUUUAGCCUCAGUUGCAUCUCUUCUACCUGUUCUUUAGCUCUAAACUCUGUAAAGAAAACACCGUAGCCGAUGGAUUUGAGGCCAUGCAUUGAUCAAAUUCAAAGGCCUCCAUUUUAUACAAAAAAAAGAAUUUGGUAAAUUCUUGAAAUUUGGUCCUUGGUAAUUUCAUGUGUAUACAUAAGAAAGAAUUUGAAGCUCUAGUGAAUUGCAACUGAGCUUGGCAGACAGUAAAACGAAGCAAAUAGUUUCGUUUCUCUUUCACACCUUCACUAUUAUUUUUGAUAAGUUGCGUACAUAAUAAUCACUUCGUCUCA